AUGGUACUUGCUGCCUUUGCCACUCAAAUGGACAACACCGGCCCUUCAAAUCAACCCAAAGACCCUUGGACGGUGAACCCCAGCGACACCGUGCCCACAGUUGAACCAGCUCAACAUAAUCCACGCAAGUCGAUUGAUGGACAGUGUACACCGGCCAACAUUGAUAUGAAGUUAAUGUCGACUAAAGAACUAUGUACAUUACGCAAAUGUCCGCUGCCUCCGCCCCCACCUGCUAUCACCACCAUUGGCUACCCAGUGGACAUUAUUGGCAAAGUUAUGACAUUCCAUGGUGGGUGGCGGAUUACAGCCAUAUCCAUGAAGGGCUGCAAUUCUACCAAUGAUCAAUGGAAGCACGUUGUCACCGUCGUUGGACUUCACAAGUCCAAAUAUGUGGCCUCCCGUCCAUCAACUUUCAUUAUGCCAGAUCAAUUUCUUCAUCCUUCUCAGUUGUGGAUCGCUGACAUUACCGACAACACCUUUCAGUUAUACCUCAAGCAUCACAUCCAUAAUGCACCUGGCAAUGUCUGUGAUAUUACCUCUCCAGCAUUUACCCUCUCCCAUCUAUGCCGGAUUCCCAAACUUGCCCUUCUAGCUAGUCGGGUUGUUCAUGCCAAAAUGAGGCAAUGCGCUCAACCGCAUGCGCAUGCUGCUCAGACCUGCAACUCCAACCUCCUGCGGGUCAGGAUGAAGCACCUCUUUAUGUGGGUGAUCCUCCAGCUUUACGAAGAAGGGAGUAUUGUCCUCUGCAAUAAGCCUUUGAUGUCCAUAACUUCCUGUAACACUCAGCAGUGUGUCACAUCUGAUGAUGAGGCCUAUAUAUCAGACCCACCACCGCUUGAAGAAGACAAGGCCUACAUCCCUGUGACUGCCACACUCCUCUCUCAGCCUGUGCAAGAGAUCAUGUCUGCAAGAGGCAUUUGA